AUGUGCAUUAUUCACUACUUAUUACUGAUUCACUGGCUUCUGUUAUUCUCCUCUUUGAUAAUUGUCAGUGCUGUUAUAGAUGCUUCAUGGUGGUCUUCAGUUGCCCAACUGAGCACAGCAAAUUUACUAGCUGGAAGUAAUGCUCGACCGACUUGCUUAACCUUGCAAGGCUUAUCGCCAGGACAGGCUCGUAUAUGCGAACUGUUUCGGGAUCACAUGCCUGCUGUGGGUGCUGGUGCUAAAGCUGCAAUUACAGAAUGUCAACAUCAGUUUCGUCACCAACGAUGGAACUGUUCUACGCCAUAUGGCUCCAGUUACUUUGGUCCAGUUCAUAAAAUUGGUUCACGAGAAGCCGCUUAUACAUAUUCGAUUCUGUCAGCUGGUGUAACGCAUGAGAUAGGUCGCCGAUGUCGUCUCGGUUUGUUGCAGUCAUGUGGUUGUAGUCAGGCACAACGGCCUAGUACUGUUAAUGAGAAGUGGACGUGGGGAGGUUGUGGUGAUAAUAUUGAAUAUGGGUACAGAUUUAGUCGUGACUUCAUCGAUGUUCGAGAAAAAGAAGAGGGAUUCCCCAAACGCUCUAUUGAUCACGGACGUUCACUAAUGAACCGGUGGAACAAUGAGGUCGGCAGGAGGUUGCUAAAACGAAACACUCGCCCAAAGUGCAAAUGUCACGGAGUGAGUGGUUCUUGUAACAUGAAAACGUGCUGGAUGCAGUUGCCGACUAUGCGACAAAUGGGAGCUGUUUUAUUGGGGAAAUAUCAUACUGCGAGACGGAUUCAAAUUAAUGCACGCGGCAAUAUGCAAAUUAAAAGUCAACCAGGAAAAAGAGAUCGAGAGAGAGGUGGAGGACGGAAAAAUCGUGCUUUACAAACUGAACUUGUUUUUCUGGAUGACAGUCCUGAUUAUUGUAUCGAAAACAGAGCACAAGGAACAGUGGGUACCACAGGGCGAAUAUGCAGAAAAGGUUCGCAUGGUCCCGAAAGUUGCGACUUUCUGUGUUGCGGUCGUGGAUAUAAUAGUUAUACAAAAGAAACGGAAACAAAAUGCAAAUGUAAGUUUCAGUGGUGUUGCAGAGUGGUAUGUCAGACAUGUGUCAAUCAGACACAGGUGGAUAUUUGUAAAUAA